ACAUGUCGUGUAUAAGAGCCAUGGCUUCUCAAUUUGGCGUCAAUUCGCAUGUAAACACUGGAAGCCAAGAGAUCUGACUGUCGACACCCUUUGUGCCUGUCUUUCAGUCCUUAUUAUUAUUGACAUCUUCUUGCCCAGAAACACCGGCCAUGUAUUUGGCGUACAAGUACGCGAAAAAGCGGUACCAGCAGCGCCAGGAGGAGAAGGCGGCAGCGGCCGCGCAAGCAGCUUCAGCAGCGCCAGUACCCUAUGCCCAAGGAUAUGGAGUUCAGUCCGACGUUGUUCGAUCAGACCUGAACGCUUCCCCCGACCAUGGCACUUCAUCCUCGAAUGAACCGUUCAACCCUUCGGCCGUCUCAGCCGAACCGAAGACGACAGAGCCCAAGUCCAAGGAGACCGAAACUCCAGAAGAGAUCGCCGAGAAGAAGCGGCGCCGCCGAUACCGCUUCAAGAUCAUCCUCGGCCUUUUCCUCCCCUUCACGCUCCAGGCCCUCGACACGACCAUCAUCGCGUCCGCCCUGAAGUUCAUCGCCGACGACUUCCAGCAACUCAAACAACUCAACUGGAUCAUCACGGCGUUCAACCUGACCUCGGCGUCGUUCCUGCCCAUCUUCACGCAGCUGUCGGACGUGUUCGGGCGGCACGCGGCGCUGCAGGCGGCGCUGGCGGCCAUCACGGUGGGCUCGGCGCUGUGCACGGCGGCGCCGACGAGCGCGUUCCCGCUGCUGCUCUUCGGGCGCGCCCUGCAGGGCGUCGGCGCCGCGGGCAUCAACAUCUCCGUGCGCACCAUCCUCGCCGACCGCGUCUCCCUCCGCGAGUUCGCCAAGAACUGGUCCAUCUUCGCCUUCGUGUCUGGUAUCAGCUUCAGCGUCGGCCCUGUGGCCGGUGGAUACCUCACCCAGGUCAGUUGGCGCUGGUGCUUUGGCAUCAAUCUGCCUGUGGCGGUCGUCGGGAUCGUGCUGGUGGUCGUGCUGCUGAGGAAGGAGUUGCUCGGGCCUCUGCCGCUGGAGAGCGUGACGAACCCGGAAGCGGCAGAGGUGGUGCGGCACAGGGAUCCGGCGACCAAGACGGGAAGGUUCCUGAUGCGGCUCUCGACGCUGGAUUUCGGCGGGCAGUUGCUGUUCUUGUGGGGCUUUGGCCUGUUGGUGCUGGCGUUUACGUGGGGCGGGAGCACGUACGCGUGGGACUCGGCCGCGGUGCUGGCGCCGCUGGUGAUCGGGGCCGUCCUGGCGGUCGCGUGGUUCGUGUACGAGUGGGCCAUGGUCCCCGGCAGGCUGAUGGCGAGGGUGUUCCCGCUGCAGAAGGCCAUGAUGCCCUGGCAGCUGCUGGAGCAGAGGAACGUCGGCCUGCUGUUGGCCGUCAACUUCGCGACGGGCGCAUGCAUGUUUGCCAUCAUGUACUUCAUGGACCUGUACUUCACGUUGGUCCAAGGCCGCGACGCCAGCUCGGCCGGCUUGUCGCUGCUCUACUUCUUGCCUGGUCUAGGCGUUGGCGUCUACACUGCCAUGUUCCUCAUGAACGUCUGGCCGCGGCAGACCAUCCCCGUCCUGACCCUCGGCUCCAUCAGCUUCUCAGUCGGAAUGACGGUGAUUGCGUGGGCCUGCCACGUCGAGUACUCGAACCUCAUCUACGGCAUGAUGGCGCUCACGGGCUUCGGCGUGGGCGUGAGCAUGAAUCCCGGCACGCUCCACGCUCUGGCUUACUUCCCCGGCAUGACGGCGCCCAUCACCUGCUUGUCGUCCUUCACCAUGCCGUUCGGCGGCACCAUCACCUUGACCAUUAUGUCGACGGUGUUCAACAACCGCAGCGGCACCAACCAUGCGGAUCCCAAGACCGGCAUCGUCUGGGCCUACGUCGCCGUCAUCCCCUUCGUGUGGCUGUCGGUGUUGGCCACGACCUUCAUGGGCAACGUGUGGAUUGGCAAGGACGGGCACCACCAGGUGAUCCACGGCGCCUGGCUCUGGGACACGCUCAGGGGGAAGCGUCUCGAGAAGGUGACGAUGGCGAGGAUGGAGGAUAACAGGUUGGCGGAGGGAUACCAGAACGUCGGUCUGAAGGACUUUCCUCGGACCAGACCGGAGGCCGGGGAAGAUAUCGAGCGGGGAAGAUAGGUAAGCGGGAAGGGAAGGGUGCAGCAUUGAGGAGACGGAGCGAUGCGGCGGUGGACAGGGGUGUUGUUCCCGACCUGUUUGGAUUAAUUGUUUCGACGGAGUACCUGGCGGGCA